AAAUACCAAAAAGGUGUGAUUCGUUGAAUUCUGCGAGUGGUUGUAAAUCAGGGACCAUCAACUUUUCUUGAAACUUGUGAACGCCAUCGAAAUGGAUUUGGAAAAUACCACAAAACCUUCUUCGUGGUGGCUCGAUGUACGUACCGCUAAGUCUAACGCGCUACACUUUAAAGAUGGGGUCAGGAACCUGUGGCUCGCGAGCCAUACCUGUUCCCGUUUGGUGGUGGCAUAUGGCCCCAGGAGCCCUCCUAACGACGUACUAUACAUGUGAUUUCUGUCGUACAAAGAAGGUUUGUCUUAGUGGGGUUGCCGUAGUUAGGUGUGGGAGGCAACGCAAAUGAGGUAGAGACAGUUUGGCCUAGUGAGUUGCCGUAGUUUUUGCAUGGUAGUCGAUGUCCAGAGGUGAGGAAGGGUCCUGCUGCGUGACUAAAUUUACAGAUGGGGAGGAUUCCAAAGCAUUCGCAACGUCUUGCCACCUUUGCAUGAAGACAAGAACAUCAAAUGUAUAAAAGACAGGCCUUUGUGGGCAAGAAGUGUUCAUCAUCGUAUCGGCCCGACGGCAGAUCAAAUUGAAUUCCGUUCACGAUGAACGGAUGGAAAUCUCAACGCCUGCGUGAAGCGUCAUCUGCCGACGUAUGAAAAACAUUAGCAAGAACCGGGAAGCGCCUAAAGUCACAUUCACGAUCCACUCUCUGUAUAGCACGGCGAGCCCCAGCAUGCUAAAGAGGAAGCAGAGCUCCCGGGUCGAGACCCAGGCCAUGACCGACUUCGGGCCCGACGAGACUCUCGCCGACAGCGCCGACAUCUUCUGGAUCAACAAACCGUGGGUGCACACGCUGCUGCGAGCCUGCGCCAUCAUCAGCGUCAUCUCGGUGUGCAUGAACACCCCCAAGACGUUUGAGCACUACCCGCCGCUGCAGUAUGUGACCUUCACGCUGGACACGCUGCUCAUGUUCCUCUACACGGCCGAGAUGAUCGCCAAGAUGCACAUCAGGGGAAUCAUCAAGGGGGAUAACUCUUACGUGAAAGAUCGCUGGUGCAUGUUUGACGGAUUCAUGGUCUUUUUCAUCUGGGUGUCCCUGGUGUUGCAGGUGUUUGAGAUAGCAGAGCUGGUGGAUCAGAUGUCUCCGUGGGGGAUGCUGAGAAUCCCCCGAGCGCUGAUUAUGAUCCGGGCCUUCAGGAUCUACUUCCGUUUUGAGCUUCCUCGCUCCCGCAUCACCAACAUUCUCAAGCGCUCCGGGGAGCAGAUCUGGAGUGUAUCCAUCUUCCUGCUGUUCUUUCUCUUGCUUUAUGGAAUUCUGGGCGUGCAGAUGUUUGGAACCUUCAACCAUCACUGUGUUACCAACGAUACACAAAAAGGCAACGUGACGUGGAAUAGCUUGGCCAUCCCGGACACCCACUGCUCCCCCGACGGCGAGGGCUACCAGUGUCCUCUGGGCUUCAAGUGCAUGGACCUGGAAGAACUGGGCCUCAGCAGGCAGGAACUUGGCUACAGCGGCUUCAAUGAGCUGGGGACAAGCAUCUUUACCGUGUACGAGGCUGCCUCUCAGGAGGGUUGGGUCUUCCUCAUGUACCGAGCAAUCGACAGCUUCCCUCGCUGGCGCUCUUAUUUCUAUUUCAUCACUUUAAUUUUCUUCCUGGCGUGGCUCGUGAAGAACGUCUUCAUCGCCGUCAUCAUCGAGACCUUUGCCGAAAUCCGAGUCCAGUUUCAGCAGAUGUGGGGCUCCAGGAGCAGCACCACGUCCACGGCCACCACGCAGAUGUUCCACGAAGAUUCCGCCGGGGGCUGGCAACUCGUAGCCGUGGACGUCAACAAACCGCACGGCCGAGCGCCCGCCUGCCUCCAGCAACUGAUGCGCUCAUCUGUGUUCCACAUGUUCAUCUUGAGCAUGGUUGCCGUCGACGUCAUCGUUGCUGCCAGCAAUUAUUACAAAGGCGAGAACCACCGCAGGCACUACGACGAGUUUUACCUGGCGGAAGUGGCCUUUACGGUUCUGUUUGACCUGGAAGCGCUUCUGAAGAUUUGGUGUUUGGGCUUCAGCGGCUACUUCAGCUCCUCCCUGCACAAGUUUGAAUUGUUGCUGGUGGUGGGCACCACCUUGCACAUCUACCCAGAUCUCUACCACUCCCAGUUCACCUAUUUUCAGGUCCUCCGAGUGGUACGUUUGAUCAAGAUCUCGCCGGCAUUAGAAGACUUUGUCUACAAGAUAUUUGGACCAGGUAAAAAGUUGGGCAGCCUGGUGGUGUUCACAGCCAGCCUCCUCAUCGUCAUGUCGGCCAUCAGUCUGCAGAUGUUCUGUUUUGUGGAGGACCUGGACCGCUUCACCACCUUUCCCAGGGCGUUCAUGUCCAUGUUCCAGAUCUUGACUCAGGAGGGCUGGGUGGACGUCAUGGACCAGACGCUGGUGGCGGUCGGUCACAUGUGGGCCCCUGUCGUGGCCAUUUACUUCAUCCUCUACCAUCUCUUUGCUACCCUGAUUCUGCUCAGCCUUUUUGUGGCAGUUAUAUUGGACAAUCUUGAGCUCGACGAAGACUUGAAAAAACUCAAGCAGCUCAAGCAAAGCGAGGCAAACGCCGACACCAAAGAGAAACUCCCCCUGCGGCUGCGGAUCUUUGAAAAGUUCCCCAACCGACCCCAGAUGGUGAAAAUCUCCAAGCUGCCGUCGGACUUCACCGUGCCCAGAAUCAGGGAGAGCUUCAUGAAGCAGUUCAUCGACAGGCAGCAGCAGGACCCCAGCUGCCUGUUCCGAAGACUCCCCUCGGCCUCGUCGUCCUCCUGUGACCACUCCAAGCGCUCGGCCGUCGAAGACAACAAGUAUAUCGACCAAAAGCUUCGCAGGUCAAUAUUUAGCAUCCAGGCUCGGAACCUGCUGGAAAAAGAAACCACCAUCAAUAAAAUACUGCGGGCGUGCACCAGGCAGCGCAUGCUGAGCGGUUCUUUGGACGGCCAGCCGGCCAAGGAGCGGUCCAUCCUCAGCGUGCAGCAUCACAUCCGCCAAGAGCGCCGGUCGUUGCGGCACGGCUCCACCAGUCAGCGCAUCAGCCGAGGGAAGUCGCUGGAGACGCUCACCCAGGACCAUUCGAGCACCGUGCGCUACCGCAACGCCCAGCGAGAGGACAGCGAGAUCAAGAUGAUCCAAGAAAAGAAAGAACAAGCAGAGAUGAAACGAAAAGUCCAGGAGGAGGAGCUGCGGGAGAACCACCCGUACUUCGACAAGCCUCUCUUCAUCGUCGGCCGGGAGCAUCGCUUCAGGACCUUCUGCCGGAUGAUCGUCCGAGCCCGCUUCAAUGCAUCUAAAACGGACCCCAUCACAGGAGUGGUGAAGAACACAAAGUACCACCAACUGUACGACCUGUUGGGCCUGGUGACGUAUUUGGACUGGGUGAUGAUCAUCGUGACCAUCUGCUCGUGCAUCUCCAUGAUGUUCGAGUCGCCCUUCACCCGCGUCAUGCACGUGCCCACCCUGCAGAUCGGGGAGUACGUCUUCGUCAUCUUCAUGAGCAUCGAGCUGAACCUGAAGAUCAUGGCCGACGGCCUGUUCUUCACGCCCACGGCGGUCAUCAGGGACUUCGGCGGCGUGAUGGACAUCUUCAUCUACCUGGUGAGUCUCAUCUUUCUGUGCUGGCUGCCGCACGACGUCCCUCCCGAAUCGGGCGCCCAGCUGCUGAUGAUGCUGCGCUGCCUGCGACCUCUCCGGAUCUUCAAGCUGGUGCCCCAGAUGAGGAAGGUGGUGCGGGAGGUCCUCAAAGGCUUCAAGGAGAUUUUCCUGGUUUCCAUUUUACUUCUCACGCUCAUGCUCGUCUUCGCCAGCUUCGGAGUUCAACUGUUUGCCGGAAAGUUGGCCAAGUGCAAUGACCCCCACGUUCUCAGACAGGCCGACUGUCACGGUAUUUUCCGGAUUAACGUCAGCGUUUCCAAAAAUCUCAACCUGAAACUGAAACCCGGAGAGAAGAAGCCCGGAUUCUGGGUUCCAAGGGUCUGGGCCAACCCUCGCAACUUCAAUUUCGACAACGUGGGGAACGCCAUGUUGGCGCUGUUCGAGGUGCUGUCGCUGAAAGGAUGGGUGGAAGUCCGAGACGUCAUCAUUCACCGCGUUGGACCGAUCCACGGCAUCUACAUCCACGUCUUCGUCUUCUUGGGGUGCAUGAUCGGACUCACGCUCUUCGUGGGCGUCGUCAUCGCAAACUUCAAUGAAAACAAGGGCACAGCUUUGCUGACUGUGGACCAGCGACGAUGGGAAGAUUUGAAGAGUCGCCUGAAAAUCGCGCAACCUCUCCACCUCCCUCCUCGUCCGGAGAACGGCGGUUUCCGGGCCAAGAUGUACGACAUCACGCAGCACCCUUUCUUCAAGCGGGGCAUCGCCGUGCUGGUGUUGGCUCAGUCGGUGCUGCUCUCGGUCAAGUGGGACGUGGACGACCAAGUGACGUUUCCUCUGGCCACCAUGUCGGUGGUCUUCACCUUUAUAUUUGUCCUGGAGGUAACCAUGAAGCUGAUCGCCAUGUCUCCGGCCGGUUACUGGCAGAGUCGACGGAACCGUUACGACCUGCUGGUGACGUCGCUCGGCGUCAUUUGGAUUGUGCUUCACUUUGCUCUCCUGAAUGCAUAUACCUACAUGAUGGGCACGUGUGUGAUCGUCUUCAGAUUCUUCACAAUAUGUGGAAAGCAUGUGACGCUGAAGAUGCUGUUGCUGACCGUGGUGGUCAGCAUGUACAAGAGCUUUUUCAUCAUCGUGGGGAUGUUCCUGCUCCUGCUCUGUUACGCCUUCGCCGGCGUCGUCCUCUUCGGCACCGUCAAGUACGGAGAGAACAUCAACCGGCACGCCAACUUCUCCACGGCGGGCCAAGCCAUCACCGUCCUCUUUCGCAUCGUCACAGGGGAGGACUGGAAUAAAAUCAUGCACGACUGCAUGGUCUUCCCGACGCAGGUGCAGGCUCCGUUCUGCACCCCGGACGAGCAUCGCUACUGGGAGACGGACUGCGGCAACUACGCCGGCGCCCUCAUCUACUUCUGCUCCUUCUACGUCAUCAUCGCCUACAUCAUGCUCAACCUUCUCGUGGCCAUCAUCGUGGAGAACUUCUCGCUGUUCUACUCCACCGAGGAGGACCAGCUGCUGAGCUACAACGACCUCAGGCACUUCCAAAUCAUCUGGAACAUGGUGGACGACAAGCGGGAGGGCGUGAUCCCGACGUCCAGGGUGAAGUUCCUGCUGCGGCUGCUCAGGGGCCGGCUGGAGGUGGACCUGGACAAAGACAAGUUGCUCUUCAAGCACAUGUGCUACGAGAUGGAGCGACUCCACAGCGGAGGAGACGUCACCUUCCACGACGUGCUCAGCAUGCUGUCCUAUCGCUCGGUGGACAUCCGCAAGUCUCUCCAGCUGGAGGAGCUGUUGGCCCGGGAACAGCUGGAGUACACCAUCGAGGAGGAGGUCGCCAAGCAGACCAUCCGCAUGUGGCUGAAGAAGUGCCUGAAACGCAUCCGUGCCAAGCAGCAGCAGUCGUGUAGCAUCAUCCACAGCCUGAGAGAAAGCCAGCAGCAGGAGCUGAGCCGCCUCCUCAACCCGCCCAGCAUCGAGACCACCGUGCCGAGCGAGGACCGCAACGCCGACAACCCGGACCGCCCGUCGCAGCCCGAGAUGAGCGGCCUCCAGCAGCUGCUCAGUCCCACCUUGUCCGACAGAGGCGGCUACAGGCAGGACUCCUCCGACCUGGGCAAGCCGCAGAGGAAGCUGGGACAGUGGCGGCUUCCCGCAGGUCGCACCAGCGUCCGGUCCAUCGUGUGCAAGAUGAACCCCGGCAACGACGAGGCCUCCUCGGGGUCAGAGGUGAAGAAGUGGUGGACCCGCCAGCUGACGGUGGAGAGCGACGAGAGCGGCGACGACCUCAUCGACAUUUAGGUGCACCCGUCCCGACCGACGGACGCUCAGCUUCCGUGUUUUUUUUUAAUUUUCCCCCUCUUACGUGUUCACGCCCUCGCUGGAUGAAAAGACUUCUUUUGAAUUUUGGCCAAACGGCGGCAUCAAGCGGCGAGGACGCGACGCCGGAUCGAUGGAGGAAAAGCUGCUCUUGUUUGCGUAUUCGGCUGCGAGGCUCCUUCGCGUCCGAUUUGACCGCGGGCGGCUUUUCGUUUCUUUUCCGGUCACUUUAUCCAUUUGGAGUUGCCAGGGCGAGGCCGCGUACGUCGUCGCGAUGGGAAAUAGUCCGCGGCUGUAAAAGUCGUUUGCAGAGGUUGACUCCGUGCAAGACGCGGCAAGAAGUUUCCGGAAAGAGUGAGUGUAGAAUUAGUUGUUAUGAAAUGUGACUUAUGUCUAGAGCAAAGCCCAACAUUCCCUUUUCAUUCCAUUUUUCACGUAGGCACUUCGGUGUUUCCAUUUGAAAUUGUUUGGAGGAAAAUGAAAAUGACGUUGAGGAGUUCCAGCUUUUUUUUUAACACGCUGCUAAUAUUCUGAAGUGGAAAAAAAUCAUGGAUUUAUGACUGAAUGUCAUUUAAGCUGUAAAUGAAUUUAUCUUCUAAUUAAAGGCCUGCCUGCUGUGUGCAGGCACUCGUGAGAAGA